AUGUGGUUACUUUACCCCUUUAUCCAUCAUGUGGCCUUUGGCACAAUUGGAAGCGCCACAGCCACCUCUCUUAAGGCCCCCGUUCCGUCAAGAUCAGAUAUUCAGGAGCCGGUGCCUUUAUCCCGAUCAAUUGCUGGUCUUUCGAUAGAAUUCUGCUACAUAACAGAUUACCUCGGUGAUGUCAUGAAGCCCAAUAAUCUCUCUCGGCAGCUUCUCCAGACCGUUGAAGAUAUCCUAGGAGCUCCUCCCAUAAUUCGGAUUGGCGGGCACACCCAAGAUACAGCGCGAUACGAUUCAUCAAAUUCAGCUACCCUAUCCAAUGUGUUCGAGCCAGGAAACCUUGAAGCCGUGAACGUUACUUUCAACUCCGACCUUUUCCACGUGCUGAACGAGAAUGUUGCCACUCAUCAACAGUACAUUUUCGGUCUCAAUUUUGGGCAGGGCAAUAUGGAACUGCCGAAGGCAGAGUUAAAAGCAGCAGAGUCUCUAUUGCAACCCUUCAGGUUGUACGCUUACGAGCUGGGGAAUGAACCCGACUUUUAUUCCGCCACACAGCGACCGAGACCGUGGAAUGUGAAUACUUUUGCGCAGCAGCAACUCGUUUGGAUAUCGAGUUUGAAGACAGAAAUUGAGCAUAACAGCCAUCAAUUUCAGCUGGGAGCCCUUGCCCAGGAACCAAUCUACCAGGGCAAUUUCUCACUAGCCGAGUUGACCAAGAUGGGUCUCCCAAAGCUUCUGGGGAAUAUAAAAACCUACAGUGAUCACACGUAUCCAUUUUCAGUGUGCACAAGUGAUAGUGCGGCCUUGGUAUCGCUGCCCAACUUGAUGAACCAUACCAAAACCAUUCAGUAUCUCUCGCAAUGGCAAAACGAGGUGGCCAAUGCACAACUUGCAAGGGCCCACUUCUUCAUGGGCGAAACUGGUUCAGUCUCAUGCCAUGGAAAAGAUGGUAUCUCCAAUACUUUAGGAGCUGCUAUUUGGGAAAUAGACUAUAUGCUCCACGGAGCGACUCUUGGUUUUCAAGGUGUCUUCUUCCACAUGGGAACACCAUUCUACUACUCGAUGUGGCAACCUGUCGUAUACAAUAAUAAGCCUGCGACAGUUUAUCCUACCUAUGCCAGUUUGUUGUUCAUGGCGGAUCUCGUCGCAAAUAUUGCAGAUCCUGCUAUUCUUGAGCUUUUGGUGUCUGAGGGCGACAGCUUGGCAGCUUACGCCAUUUAUGAUCACGGACAAGUCUCUAAGCUCGUGGUACUCAAUUAUGGUUAUUACAACGAUACCAGGACAGCACGACCUUCUCAACAGGUGGAAGUCACGCCACUUCUGGGGCAUGAUCUUAAAGUAACCAGGCUUAGUGGAGCACUGAGCACCACGACUGAUUUUGAAAAUGUAACGUGGGCGGGACAGAAAUAUACUAGAGGCUACGCAGAAGGAGAAAGAGUCACAGAAUAUUGCAAUGGUGGAGUGGUAGAGCUCGCCGCCAGUGAAGCUGUGAUUAUUCAAAGGAAAUAG